GCAAAAUAAAAUAAAAAACAUUACUGGUUUUAGCUUUCUUAUUGGAGGGAUAUCAGAGCAGCGGGGGUGUUCUUCGGUCUAUAUAAAAGCGCCGCCAUCUUACAUUUCCCAGACUCUGCUGUUGCGGCUGUGUCAGUGUUGGCUGCUGGUGGAGGGAGUGGAUGAAAGCUCCCCGCUGACGCUCGUCUGCACAUUUUCCUCGAGCUAUUUUUUAAAAACCUUUUCGAGGUGGUUUUUUUUUUAUUAAUCGAAACCCAAGUGAGAGGAUUUGCUGCAUUCAUAAGGUCAGGAAGCUGUGUUGGCUGUGGUUUGAGAAAGGAACAUGGCUUCCCAGGCUGAUCUGAUGGAGCUGGACAUGGCCAUGGAGCCUGACCGUAAAGCAGCAGUCAGCCACUGGCAGCAGCAGUCCUACCUAGAUUCAGGAAUCCAUUCAGGAGCCACCACAACUGCCCCCUCCCUCAGCGGGAAGGGCAACCCCGAGGAAGACGAUGUGGACAACAACCAGGUCAUGUACGAGUGGGAGCAGGGCUUCAACCAGAACUUCUCCCAGGAACAAGUCCAAGACAUAGACGGUCAGUACGCCAUGACGCGCGCUCAGCGGGUGCGUGCAGCAAUGUUCCCAGAGACUCUUGAGGAGGGCAUGCAGAUCCCCUCCACACAGUACGAUUCUGCAAACCCCACUAAUGUCCAGAGGCUGGCAGAACCAUCACAGAUGCUCAAACACGCUGUGGUCAAUCUGAUCAACUAUCAGGAUGAUGCUGAGCUCGCCACCAGAGCCAUUCCAGAACUCACCAAACUACUCAACGAUGAGGACCAGGUUGUUGUCAACAAAGCAGCAGUGAUGGUCCAUCAGCUGUCAAAGAAGGAAGCUUCUCGUCACGCCAUCAUGCGCUCCCCUCAAAUGGUGUCUGCCAUCGUCAGAACCAUGCAGAACACGAACGACGUGGAGACGGCUCGCUGCACCGCAGGAACGCUGCACAACCUUUCCCAUCACAGAGAGGGGCUGCUGGCUAUCUUCAAGUCGGGAGGAAUUCCUGCUCUAGUUAAAAUGCUCGGUUCUCCAGUGGAUUCUGUCCUGUUCUAUGCCAUCACCACCCUCCACAACCUCCUGCUGCACCAGGAAGGAGCAAAGAUGGCCGUUCGUUUAGCUGGCGGUCUACAGAAAAUGGUGGCUCUGCUCAACAAAACCAACGUCAAGUUCCUGGCCAUCACCACCGACUGUCUGCAGAUACUGGCCUACGGGAACCAGGAGAGCAAGUUGAUAAUCCUGGCGAGUGGGGGUCCUCAAGCACUGGUCAACAUAAUGAGGACGUACACAUACGAGAAGCUGUUGUGGACCACGAGUCGUGUCCUCAAAGUUCUGUCUGUGUGUUCCAGUAACAAACCUGCCAUUGUAGAAGCUGGAGGUAUGCAGGCUCUGGGACUGCACCUGACAGACCCCAGCCAGAGACUGGUCCAGAAUUGUCUCUGGACUCUCAGGAACUUAUCAGAUGCUGCCACUAAGCAGGAAGGAAUGGAGGGUCUGCUAGGAACUCUGGUCCAGCUGCUCGGCAGUGACGACAUCAACGUGGUGACCUGUGCUGCUGGGAUUCUGUCUAAUCUGACCUGUAAUAACUACAAGAACAAAAUGAUGGUCUGCCAGGUUGGGGGUAUUGAGGCAUUAACUCGCACAGUUCUACGAGCCGGAGACAGAGAAGACAUCACAGAGCCGGCUAUUUGUGCCCUGCGCCACCUCACGUCUCGACACCAGGACGCAGAAAUGGCCCAGAAUGCCGUGCGGCUGCACUACGGCCUGCCUGUGGUGGUUAAACUGCUGCACCCGCCCUCGCAUUGGCCCCUCAUUAAGGCUACAGUCGGUCUAAUUCGCAACCUGGCCCUGUGUCCUGCAAACCACGCCCCGCUGAGAGAGCAGGGGGCCAUCCCCAGACUGGUUCAGCUGCUGGUGAGAGCACACCAAGACACACAGAGACGUACCAGCAUGGGCGGCACACAGCAGCAGUUUGUGGAGGGGGUUCGAAUGGAGGAGAUAGUGGAGGGCUGCACAGGAGCACUUCAUAUCCUGGCCAGAGACCUCCACAACAGAGUGGUCAUCAGAGGACUCAACACUAUUCCACUCUUUGUACAGCUGUUGUAUUCUCCUAUCGAGAACAUCCAGCGUGUAGCAGCAGGUGUUCUGUGUGAGCUGGCUCAGGAUAAGGAGGUCGCAGACGCCAUCGAAGCCGAGGGGGCCAGCGCCCCGCUCACAGAGCUGCUCCACAGUCGCAAUGAAGGAGUCGCAACAUACGCUGCAGCAGUUUUGUUCCGUAUGUCGGAGGACAAACCCCAAGACUACAAGAAACGUCUCUCUGUAGAACUCACCAGCUCUCUCUUCAGGACAGAAGCAAUGUCCUGGAAUGAGACUGCAGACUUGGGUUUGGACAUUGGAGCGCCAGCAGACACACUGGGCUACAGACCGGAUGAGCCAAGUUACCGUUCCUUCCAUUCGGGGGGUUACGGUGGAGACUCUAUGGGCAUGGAGCCCAUGAUGGACCAUGAUCUGGGUGGUGGUCACCACCCAGGCCAGGACUACCCUCCUGUAGAAGGGCUGCCUGACCUGGGACAUGCCCAGGAACUGAUAGAGGGUCUGCCACCCGGUGACUCGAACCAACUGGCCUGGUUUGAUACCGACCUGUAAAUACCAACAUUACACUACACUUUCUACUAGCUGUAUCAUGUGAUCCGGAUGAACCUGCAUCGUGAUUCGCCCAUAUGGAGGAGGCGGGGUUUCAGAAAGUGCCUGAAGAUGACUCAACAACAACAACAAGCAGAGUUUCCUGUCUACAGGGACUCCAUUGGGACAAAGUAGAUUUUAGUGCGGUUCGGUUCUGCUCCCAGCUUCAUCUGGGGCUGACAUACAGUAAAUCUUUACAUGAAACACCGAUUUUGAUCUUCAUGAUCGAUUAUCAACGACCCUUUUUUAUUCAUUUUUUUUUCCUUUUCAUUAUUACAAUUUUUGGUUGUUUUUUCCUUUUUUUGAUUUUGUUUUUGUUUCAAUCUGUAAUGGUACAAACUGAAUCUAGCUUGCUUUUCCCCUCCAUUUUUCUGCAUAAUGAUACUCAUUUUCUUGUUUUUCUAAGUCCUUGGAUUUUAAGUCUCCUGUAGUGUUAAGCCUUUUUCUUUUUUUAAGUGGUGAUGCUUCAUCCAAGGAAAGAAUUGGAUGCGAUUUUAAAUGGUGUCCAAACACUAAAGGUAAUCAGUUGAAUUGUAUUCUGAUGAUCAAGUGUAACAUUGUGUAGCUUUUGUAUAAAAAAAAACAUGAAUUGGAAAUCAUGACCCAAAUAUUGAGCUAUUUUCUUGCUUUAAAGGAGGAGACGAAUGUCUCUGCUGUUCCAAAGGGUGGGUUAGCUGACCGAGGUGGGUGGGAGUGUCUGAAAGGACGGGUGGAGACGUGCUCCUAUUGGUCUGCUGUUACUAAGGGGUGAAGUAGUGAGAGGCGCUGGUUGCUGUAGCCUGCUGUGUUCUGAAACAAUAAAAUGGACUGUCAUUUCA